GCAAUUUACGAACGAGAUCCAAGUUUUAUAUCAAGCUCUUUAAUUGGAAAAAUUAUGGAUUAAUCUUGAAAAAAUAAUAUUUGAUUAAUUCCUUAAAAAGGCUUAUUACUUCUUCUACAUGUGCCAGUAUAUUUAAAGUUGAGCUUCAAUUUUUGUACUAUGGAUAAAAAAAUUAAUCCAACCGACGUUGGAGAACGAAUAAACGAUACAAAAAAAGAAAUAGCACAGUUGAGCGAAGAAUUAGAAAGAUUAAUACAUUCUAAUGCUGGUUUAAAUAACAUAAAUGUUGAACGUGGUACAUCUGAUAAUAUGGAACCAAUGAAAUGCAUACAAAGUGAAAUUAAGUAUACAAAAACUGGAAAUGAAGGCCUUUUUGAAAAGUUAUCGAAUAUAGAGUCAUCUAAUAGAAAAACUAAUGUUUCAGUCAAAACAAAAAUUGCUCCAGAACCUAAAACCAAAACAAAAUCAGAUAUAGCCUGCAAUACGAAAAAUAUGACACAGGCUAAAGAAGCAACAAGGGAAUUUAUGCGACAACAGAGAGAAAGGAGGGAGGAACAAAGAAAAAAAAUAGAUUCUAAAAAUAAAAUUGAUCUGGAAUUAAAAAAGCAGAAACUGCUGGAGCUGCAACGGAAAUCUCUGGCUUUGGUACAAAGAAAUCUCCAGCUUAAACGUGAAAGGUCAAAAUCUAGAGAAAGAAGAGAUCAAAUUAGAAUAGAUAAAAGCAAUUCAGGUAGCAAUUCAGGUAUUCCUCCCAUCAAAAAACAAAAUGACUUUUUAGCCCACAAAAAACCUGAUGUGCAAUUAAGACAGCAAGCAAGGCUGCCAGAUAAAUUAGUUAAAGUCAGAAACGAUUAUAGUAAGACGAACACUAAUAAUUGUAAAAAUCUGCAGAUUUCAAAUAAGAGUAGAUCAACAACGUCCUCAAAUGAAAGAAAAAAUUCAGACAAUUCACAAAGUGCAGAAUUAUCCACUAAAGAUUUGGAUUUAGCUGCAAGGAAAAUUCAAGGAUGUUAUAAAGAGUACCUACGUAGAAAACAAUUAAAGAAAGAAAACAAUGAACGGAAAGUUCACAAGGAAAAAAAUCCUGUUAAAGAGUCCAAAGAGACCCAGACAUCAACACAUAAACAAAUUGAAUUUCCAACAUGGCUACAACCUCCUUCCAUAGAUCCAUACCCCUGCAAUUUCAUCAAUACCAUUAAAAAAAAAUUACAAUUAGUUGUCAAUUCUCCAAUAAGAUCUAAAGAUAUUGGUGUUCAAAGUUCAAUAAUGGAAACAAAGUCCAGUAUGCAAAAAUCUUCUGAUAAUAAUCGAAAAUAUGCAGAGGAAAAUUCAAGGUUUGAUGAAAAAAUUGGUUACCAUUCUCAAAAGGCAAACAAUCUUGAUGCUGAUGCUCUUCAACAUUUUGCUCUAAUAAAUUUCAGAGAGAAAUUUUCACAAAAUAUUAAAGAACAGUUCAAAACUGAUAGUGAAUCUGAUACAUCGAAAAAUAUUCCUGAGAUUUCUACAGAAAGUGGGGUGAUAUCUGAUGACAAACCUAUACUUGUUACUGAGUCAAAUGAUGAGGUUCUUCCCAUCAACACCGAUAAAUUCAAAAAUCUCACCCUGAGGAGGCCAAUGAAGGAAGAUAUCUCUAAAAAAUCAUAUACUUUUAAUUUCUCUGAGGAGCACAGUUCGAAGAACUCUGAUAUGGUAUCAGAGAAGAUACAGACUGAAGAGUCUCAUUCAAAAAAACUCUUGAGAUCUCCAAGAGAUUCCAUCAUUUCCUUCAAUAUUAGUAAUGACAGUGAAACAAUGACUUCUAUUGUCAGCCAAAAGGAAAAGCAGAAUUCAGAACCUACUUCUUUAGAAGAAAUUAAAACUGAAAAUUCAAAACGUUCUCAUCCUGAUGAAAAGGAGAGUUUUAGAAAAAAGUUGAUUUUUACUCCAAUACAAUCAAAUAGAAGUGAUGACAAAGAGGUGCAUAAUACUCGAAAUAACUCAAGUAAAAAUAAUUCACAAAAGCACAACACUAAGGUGCUACCAUCUAGGACAUCACUAAAAACAAAUUCUGUUUCUGAAAUAUCUGCUGAAAAAACUUAUUCUAGUCAUCUAUCUAGUCGUAGUUCAAAAGUUAAUAUCCAAGAAAGUGAAUUGAAAAAUUCGAUGGAAAAACCUAAAAAAGAAUCCAAGACCCCUAGUUUUACAGAUGAUGGAAAAUAUUCAGAUAGAUUAUCAAAUGAUAAUAACACAGAUUCUUCAGAAGUAAUUAAGACAAGCUCUAUGCAGUCUUUGGUUUCAGCAUCUUCAUCAAAAUUUUCAAAUCCUAGUAACUUGGCUGUUCCGUCAGAGGUGAAUUCUCUAAAUCAACCAGAUGUGAAAAAACAAUCAUUAUUAAAUUCCUUAGUAAGCAACAAAUCGAAGACAUCUAAUUCUCCUUAUGAAGUGAAUACUAGUUUGUCAGAAGUCUCAAAUUUAUUGAAGAUGUCAGCAAUGGUGUCUGAUGAACAUGAUGAAAAUUCUAGCCUGUCUAUUAAUAAUAUUACAAACAAAUCUGUACAUAAACAAAAACUUCAUGAAUUACCUAAAUCCAAAGGAACUGAAAAUUCUUCUCAUUCCACUGAAAACAAAGUGAAUUCCCAGGUGGUAAAAGAUUUCAAGAGUAGAGUAGUUCAAUCUAAGAGCGAUACCAAUGAAAUUCAUUUAAAAUUUGAAGCUGAAGUGCAUUUGUUAAAUGAUUUCAAUGAAUCAUUGAAACAAUUCAUGGCUGUUGAAAAGGCUUUUGAGUCAUUAAAAAAUAAAAAUGAGAGUAGCUUCCGCAACAGCUCAAAGAACUCCUCAGCACUCAUUUUUUCUGAAGAUAGUAAGAUAUCUACUGAAGUCACUAGACACAUUGGAUCUACAAUUAAUACUUCAAGAGGUUCAGAUUUGGAUGAAUCAUAUAUAGGAAAUGAUAAUUUAAUUAAGUCUCAUUUGAAGUCCACAAAUAAUUUGGAACUGUCAAGCAUGCAGAAGAGUACUCUUGACAAUGCUAGUUUUUCAUUCAAUGAAAACAUUCCUCAUAAUCUUGCUGGAUUGUCCAUCAAAAUGUUUGAACAGUUCAUUAAAGAUGAGGAUAUACGUAUAGAAAACUUGAAAACUAUUAUAAAAAUAAGAGAGCAAGCUCUUCUGGAUAGAACUAAAGGGGAGUUAGCAUGGCUGGAAAUUCAAAGAAAACACUUAAAAGAAACAGGAAAGCUCCAUGAAGCUUCACUUGUUAAGAAGAAACAGCGUGGCAUAUUGCUUAAGCAUCAACAAGAGCGGAGGGAAAUGCAAAGGCUUAAACAACUUCAAAAAAUACAGUCAAAUGAAAGGAAGACAAUUUUGAAAGAGCAGAAGAACUUAAUUAAAGCCAAGUUGACAUCGGAAAAGCUUAUGGCGGAAAUGAAAAUGCAGACGCCCAGGAAACAGAGACCCAGUGGACCCAUGAAAGUUUUGAAGACCAGUGAAUCACAUUCUGAAACAUCUCUGUCUAGAAUUGCAUCGGAAGCUGACGAAAUCUAUAGCAUUACAUCGAGAAGCCGUUCGAUCAAAUUGUCAGAAGUUGAUUCAAGCAGGGAAUUCGUCUUCAAGCAGGAAGAAACGGGUAUUAAAAAGAUUGGUGCUAAUGAAGACAUCGAUCGGAUGAAGAAGGCUCUUUUGGUUCGUCAAUCAUCUUUGAUGAAAAGGCGGAAGGCGGUGGAGGAUCUAUUGAAAAGGCAUCAGAUGCUCCUUGAGGAAGAGAAAAAAAUUAAAGAGUUAGAAAUGGCAGCGAAUGCAAUAAUUAUGCAAUUGCCAUCUCAGUCUUCCUCCACCAGGGAACCGAAAAUCAAGAGUCAUCUGAAAGAAGCUCAUCAAAAAAUAUUACCUCUAGCUGAUAGUAAAUCCUCAGAUGAAACAAGUCAGACAGAUUCUCUACAUAAUACAGAGAAAAAUUCUUAUCAAAAGAAGGACGAAGAAAGUGAAAUAUCGACCAAGACGAAUUUAUCACUAACAGAAUAUAGUUUUAAUACUUUUUAUGAGAAUGCCAAAUCAACCAUCAAUAAAAUUAAAAACAAGAAGGAUGCCAUUGAGAGUUUGAGUAGCGAUCUCCUAAAAAGGAGUUCAGUAGAAUACUCCGAAGAUUUUGAAUCAGAAAAACAACUUAUCGAAACUGAAUCGAAUGAGAACAAUAUAUCAUCAAUCAGUGAGUUGAUUGAAGAUUUUACUCAAAUUGAACAUGGUAUUUCAAUGUUCAGCAAACAGUUUGAUGAAACAACUUCAGAUAAUACUAAUUCGCAUAGGUUGAGUGAAUUUUCUAAACCUCUUUCAUCUCCCAAUUUGAAGAACACGCAGUUUGUUGCGUCUCAGCCCAUAGACAAGUCGAGUAUAACUUCUGAAAAUUUAAAAUUCGAGGAAAUUGUUAGCAAAGAAGAUAUUCAAACAGAAAAUGAGCUGAGCAGUUGUCACAAAGGGGAGGACAAAUCUUCUCCCCAUAUUAUACAAACCUCAAGUGCAGUAAGUGAUACUUUAGGAUUCAGCGGACAAGAAGAAAAAGUCAUUACUUCUGAGCAGAUUCCUGGUGCCGAAAUCACUGAAGAAGCAUCAAUAAUUGAAGAAACUCCAUCAGAAUUGUCAAAAUAUAGUGAGCAGAGUAUCCAGGAAUAUCCAGAUGAAGCUUCUAAGUCCACUUCAAAAGAAUUGUUACCUUUUAAAGGACUUAUCCAUUCUGAGUCAAUUUCUUCUGAAAAAGAAUCAUUGAUAUCUACAUUAGAAAAAGUGCCAGAAACCGAAAUAAUUCUGUCGAUGCGGACAACUGGCUCGUCAAAAGAAAAUCUCUCUUCAGAUAUUUCGAUUCCAAUCCAAUCAAAACAUUCCAAGACGCUUAUUGCGAAUCAAAAGCAUACAGGACCACUAACAGAACAAUCACAAAGUGAUAAAAAUCAGACCUCCGAUAUUUUUUCAGUUACAAACAAAUCUCAGCAUUCCGAGUUGCAAAUUGUAGAUGAAGUGCAAACUAAAUCUGAUUCUUUGGAAACUAAUAAAUUUGUUUCAUCAUCAGCUGAAAUUAUAUAUUCCAGUCCCAAUGAAAAAAUUGAUGGGGACCAUAUUCUUGGUGAUAUUCUCACUGAUAUGAUUCCUUCAGGAACAAAAGAAUCCAAGGAUGAUGGUCAUUCUGAGUUGGACAAAAAUGAAAGCAUUCCAAAUAGAGAUGGUGGAGGUUUUCUUGAAAGUAUGCCGGUAGAAUCUGAGUCGCAGUCUAUUUCUAUUCAUCUAAAUUCAUCCGAAAAUGACACAUUAUCUACGCCAGUAAAAAGAGAAGAUUUCGAAGACAAAAAUCAAUGUUCAAUUAAGGAGGAAGAUUUGUCCCAAAGUAUUUCAGCAAAGUUUGAUAAACAUCCCAAGAGAGAAAAUCUGGAAUCUAUAUCAAAAGAAAAAAUUUUAGAUUCGCCUAUGGUCGAAGAAAACCAAAAUGCAAUGGUCACCUCUUCACAAACAGAAGAAACAUAUAAAGAUAUACCAUCCAUUGAAACCAAUACUGAGUUAUAUAUUUCCGAAAUAAAAACAGAUGAUACAACAACCAAAGAUAUUUCAGAAAUAAAAGACUUGGAGUUAAAUUUGGAGAAUGAAGAUAUUGUAUUAGAAUAUGAUGAAUCUAGCGACCAACAGAAAAGCAGUGAAACUGUUGAAACAUCCAUCUUGAAUGAAAAUUCCAAGCACAGUCAAAAAAAAACCAGCAGUUUUCCGGAAGAAAAUUUGGAGCAUGCAUUUGAUGAAAAUAGCGUGAAAAUAUUAUCAGAAGGAACUGAAAGUAGGAAGGAUGAAAUCGGCAGUGAAGAAAUGUCACUUAAUAGAAUCAUUGUUGACGGAGUUGAAGAUGAAAUUUCAUCAAUCGAAGUUAAGAGUGUACCAGGAGCUGUGGGGAAAGACACAGUGCAAAAUGAAAAAGACGAGAUAAUGGAUGAAACACACAUGGGAGAAUCAGCCAACGACGAAAGUUCUUCGGAUAGUUAUACAGACGAUUUUGAGGAUGACAAAGACGAUAUUUCUAUUCCUUCCAUUCAAGGUAACGCUGUGGAGUCGGCAUCAAAUUCAAGUGUCAAAAUCGAAGAAGACAAAAAAGUUUCUGAAAUUGAUGAUGUGCUCAUGGUAAAAAUAGAUUUAACAAUGGAUCCAUCUAAUAAGGAGGCCAAGAUAGUUGUGAUAAAUGAAAAUUCGAACAUUUUAUCUAAGCCCAACACACAACAGAUAAUAGAGAAAUCGGAGCAUGAUGAAGAUAAAUCGAAAUCACCAAUACAACAGAGGGUAUCUCAAAUUUUAGCCAAUACAGUUGGUUCACAGAAAAGUCCUAGAGAUAAAAACACUCGUUACCAAGAUUAUUAUGUUACUACAUAUGAGGAUAUCACGCCUGUUAAUUCUCCAGAAUCAGUAUCACCAGUCAAGUCAAACCAGUUGGCUUCUAUUAACACAUUCAAUAAUGAAGCAGAGGAAUUGCUGAAAAAACAACUCGCCAUCGAAUUGGAAAUAAAACAAUUAGAACAACAACAAAAAGGACAGAUUCCAUUUGUGUACAUCAGAGAAAUUCCUAACAAACCUCCGCCACCUUAUACGCCACCUUCUGCUCAAAGUAAUGCUAUUACCAUAUUACCAAGUACAGCCGAUGACAUGAAAGAAAUAUGCAGAUAUUCUGCCAAAGUUUUGUAUAAUGCUUACUUGUCCAAUAAUCUACAUGCAGUUACAUUUUCGGAGACGGACUUCAGAACAAUAAACAAGACGAAGAGCUCCAAGGAGUGUUGUCUUUUUGUCUUUGAUUUAUGUAGGGAAAUUGCUGAAAAUCACUAUAAACGUUUCCAAACUAAGAAGGUGCCAGCGUGGAUGAAACUUCCAGAAGAAGCUCGUUUAAUUCUAGGAAAACCUUAUAACUAUCAUCAAUUGGAAAAUCAUAUACACACCAAAGUGAAGGAAUUACUAGGGUUUGAGAAGAUAAAUAUCAAGGAAAAUUCGAUCAUACGAUGGAGUAAGAAGAAAAAGGAUCACGUUGAUGAGAUUCUGGUAUUAGAGUCCCAAGCAGAGGAACAAGAAUGGCUCAACUAUGAUAAUGAUGAGUUAAUGGUUAAAAAUGAAGUUACAGAUGCUAUUUUCGACAUUUUAUUGAGUGAAACAAUUGGAAUUUAUAAAAAUAUAUUUUCUUCAUGAGAAUAUGUCUAGUACUAUUAUUAUAGAAUUGCCUAAGGGCCCUGUUGAAUAGUUAUAAUCAGUAUUAAGUGUUUUGUAAUUUUUUUAAUAAAAGUUGGAAAAUUA